AAUUUAAAGCGGGGGUAGAUACAAUGGAUCAAAUGUUGACUGGCUAUUCGUGCAAACGCUCGACAAACCGUUGGCCACUGGCAAUGUUUUAUAAUAUGCUGGAUAUUGCCGGUUUGGCCUCAUUUAUCAUCUAUGACGAGCUGAAUCCGGCAAAGCAGAGUGAUAAGAGGCGCUCAUUUAUCAUUGAAUUGGCACGGCAGCUAGUUAUUCCACAUAUGACGAAACGGGCGACUAACCCCUUAGUAUGGAGGUUUGCUCAUAUAAGACAAGCAAUGAAUCUUUUCAAUAUCAAGGUACCGGAAUCUUGUCCAUCGACAUCAGAUGCAACACAGCAACAAUCAUAUGCUCAAGUUGCUUCAAAACGGUCAUCGUGCUACAUUGUGCUGCUUCUUCUUCGAAAAAGCGACGUAAAACUCGUUAUAACUGCAGCAAAUGUAAUCGACCCAUAUGUCUUAAUGAACAUUCCAUGCAACUAUAUAGUUGUAAACCCAAUUUCCCUUCAUAAUUAA